AAAGGACAGUCAACAGACAAAAGGGAAAUGCCACUCGUACAGCAGUAAACUUUGAGCUCUCAGAACCCUGUAUCUCCGGUGUGGCAUAUAUCUGCUUUACAGAGGAGGAAGGCGAAGGACCGAGGACCAAGGAUGUCGGGGCGCCUCAACCAGCAGCACGCGGCGUAUGCGCAACGCAUGGAGCAGGAGAACAACCGGGUGCAGGCCACUCAGGCGGUGAACAGCUACUACAGCCACUGGGGCAAGGUCACAUCGCGCUUCGAGAACUGGACCAACAAGGAGUACUACGAGAAGGCGGACCAGCAGCUACAGUCGCGCCGCGAUCAGCAGGAGAAGCAGGCGGCCCUGGUUGAACGGCAGAACCGGCUUCGCCAGCUUCUGGCCGCCGAGAGCGAGGCCUACGACAAGGAGAUGGAGCGGCGUCGCCGACCGCGGGAGCCCGGCGGUGGUGACCUCCAGAUGCUGGGCCGCGUCAACCAAUCGCUCAAGGAGCAGGAGCAACUUCGUCGGAAGCUCGAAAUGGAGGCCAAGCUCUACGGUCGCUGGCGUCAUGGCGUGGACGAUGAGAAGCUGCUCUACCAGUCCAAGUCGGACAACGAAGUGCUGGCCAAGCUCAACUGGCUGGAUCGCCAGAUCGAGAAUCAGCAGCAGCGCGAGGAGCAGCAGGCUCUGGCCGCCGAAAGGCAGCUGCUGCUGCAGCAGGAGAUCAGCCGCACAGAGCAGGCCCAAAAGGAGCGACAGCAGAUCCGCGAACAGCAGUUGCGGGAGCUGCGUUCCCUCCAGGAAUCGCACAUGUCGGAGCUUCGUCUGCGCCAGCAGGAGGCGGACAAGCUGAAGGAGGAGGAGCAGCACUUCCAGCUCUUCCUGGGCGAACUGGACAAGGAGCGGCAGCUGCUGGAGGAGAGCAGUGCUCUGGUGCUCAAGCGAGUCGACUCCGGACACGCCUUCAAUCUGAAGAAGAUCAAGGUGUUCAUCCGCCAACGCAGCGAGGCCAGUCGCAAGCAGAUCUCCCUGUGCGUCAACAUGCUGCAGCGCAUGUCCAAGUAUGUGGUCAAGACGGAGGAGCUGCAGAAGCUGCUGGCGAAGUACCGCCUUCAGUUGGAGAACGAGGAGCAUGCCUGCGCCCAAAUAGAGACCAUGUACGAGUCGGAGGCCAAGUACAAUCUGCAGCGCUGCGAGGAGAACUGGCGGGAACAGCACCUGCAGCGCUACGGGGAGCUGAGCAAGCUGAUCGACCAGGAGAAGGAUUGCCUGGGCGGCCUGCUGCAGGAGAAUGUGAGCCAGCAGCAGGCGUUGGUGGAGCUGAGGACCCAGCACCUCAAUGGCAUCGAGCAGGCCAACAAGCAGCUGGAGCAACUUAACCAGGAGCAGGCGGAGUUGGGUGUACCAUCUUCGAUGGCCUCCAGUCUCAAGGAGGUGGAGUCUCAAGCAGCCCUUUCAGAGGACUCCGCGGUGGAGGAGAGCCUCGUCCCUAAAGUCAGCAACUCUUUCUCCAAUCUCAACCUGGACGUGUGGCAGGAUCUGCCGCCGGCUCGUGGAGAAAUCGGAGUCUCGCAGCGCCUGAACAAAUCUCGCUCCCUCAAUGUGGUCACCUCGCAGACAGCCGCUCCUCCGAAGUUUGCACGCAAGCGAGUGGCCUGGACCUAACAUUACAAUCUUAUAUCGUCGUCGUUCCAGCUUAAAUUUUGAAUGGUAUUAUUAGUGCUAAUGCUAGUUUAGUUUAACUUUUUGUGUAAACCCUUCACCACCCACUUUCCACUCUCCACUUUCCCCAUACAUAUGUAUGUACAACCCACUUCACUACACUCCAACCCAAUGAAUUCCACUCCACACCCCAAUGAACACCACUCUGUGCACUUGUAGUUGAUAAGGCUGAUAGAUAGGCGCUCCCCCCGAGGUGGGGUCAAUAAAUCACUCAAUUUGUGGGCCAGCAGGAA